AACGUCAUUUCCGUCUAUGUGUUGUUUUCCUCGGCGCGUGUUUUUGAAUAUUUCUCCAGCAGCAAACGUAUCGUUAUUAACCUUUUCUGUGGAACUUUUGCCAAAGACAUGGCACAGAUAAAUGAUGUAGAUUCUGGGGAAAGUUUCAUCACUAUGCUGGAAGAGAUCCGCACCAAACUGAUUUUCCAGGUUGUCGGCGAAAUGGUUGAAACCGAGACAGAGUUGCACCACGCACACAGACAGUUUGGAAAGGCUGGUCUUGAGACGUGCUUGAAAAAAUGCAAGGAUGAAACGUUGUUUGAAACUAUUGAGGUAUUCAAAAAAGAUUUGGCCCAAAGGAGUACGAUUGUCAAGCAGAAGAGUCGAGAACUGCCAGAAGUCAUUUCUGAGAUAGAGGAGAAGAGCCUGAUGAAGGAGAGCCUGAUACAGAAGAUUGAGAGGUUGAAAACGGAACAAGCAAAGAACAGCGAUCUGAUUGUAGCACAAAACAAGGCCAACAAAGACAGACUGAAAAACCUACACAAAGUGAAGCAGGUGUUCCAGGAUUGUUUGAAACUUGAGAUCAGGAAGAUUCAAGGUGAGAAGCUGCAGUUUGUCUUCAGAAACCUGGACCACAGAGACCCGGAAAGUGCUUACACCUUCAUACUGAUGAUUAAUGACGAAGGAGUGUACCAGAUUGAGUCCUGCAGUCCACCCCUGGAGUGUAUGUCUCAGCUGGAGCAGAACCUGAAGAAGACCAACAACUUCUCUGCCUUCCUUGCCAACGUCAGGAAAGAAUUUAAAGCCCUAAUUCCAGAUAAAUGAAACACAGUAGUACCAUCCUACAGUGUGCUGACAUUUGUAUAGGCAAUCUGGACUCAAUUUUAUAUCCCCUAAGAGUUUUAUCAACUCCUACAAAAAAUCCAUAUUUGUUCUUUUGUACUUGUAUAUUUAUUUAACCUAAACCCUAGCUGAAGUCUGCAUCACACUUACCCAGUCACAGUUUUUCUUUCAUGUGUUUUCUAGCUUUUAUUGUAUUGGUAUUGUAUGUUUCUUAAUUAAACAGUGAGCCAUGCACUUGGUUUUUACCCACCAGUAA